AACCAAUUUCCAGAGCCCUUUAGACCGCUUUUCUUCGAUCUUCUAGAGCCCUUUACCAAUCGAAAGUCGACUGACAUAACCCUAAUGUCAUUAUCAUCAUUAACGAAGAAGUCGUGUUCUUUGCGAUACGAAUUAAAAACAAAGGAACAAAAUGAACGCAAUCUCUGGACUUGUUAAGGAUACUCUGCCAAAUUAUUUGUCAAGCUUGCCUAUUCCCGAUAGCUUUGGAGGCUGGUUCAAAUUGUCGUUCAAAGAUUGGUUAGCCCUCAUUCCACCCACCGCCGUUGCUGCCGGUAUUGGCUAUACCGUUUACUUAGCUUACUGCCCCGCUGCCAAAGGUGGUUGUUCCAAGGCCGGACGCUGUAAUCAAUCCGUGCGCAAACAUGAAGCUAAAGUUGUCGACAUGAUUGACAUUGAAAAUAUUGCCGAAAAGGCUGCCUUCUGCCGCUGCUGGAAGUCAAAGAAUUGGCCCUAUUGCGAUGGCAGCCAUGGUGAACACAACAAACAAACUGGUGACAAUGUUGGCCCCGUGGUGCUUAAGAGAAACUCUUAGAUAUAAAUAGGAAAUAUGAUGCUAUAGAGGAUUUCCUAAUCUAGCCUAGCCUCUGUUACAGAUUUCUUUGCUUUUAAAGAGUUUACUUCCUUUUCUUUUUUUCUGUUGAAAAAUGUUCUUUACUUUUGUUUCUAUUUAAUUUUUGGAUCGGGCCCAACGAAAGAACAUUGGUGUCGUCUUGUUGUAUAAGUAGAUAUAUAUAUUUUUUUCGCCUUUUUUAUUUGUUGCUCUAAUUUGCCUUUAUUAACUCUACAUUUAAACCAUUCAUGGAUAUUAAUUGAUCAUAAAUUAAUAAUAAUAUUGUCUAAGAAUUUAAUAAUUAAAUUGUGGCAAAUUUUUCUCCCCAGAAAAAGAAAAACCUAA